GCGAUGCGGCGUUUUCUAGUCGGAAUUUUAAAGCCGUGCAUCGACCAGAAUCGUCGGAAGUAAAGUAGCGUAAACACACGUGCAAUAUGAAAAACUCGAAAAAACAUAACGGUGUGUCCAAAAAUGCCAAAUUCAAGCCAGGAUCCAAGAAACGAGAAAACAAGUGUGUUGUGAUGUUUGACGACAAAGACAGACAGGAAUAUCUCACUGGUUUCCAUAAGCGCAAGGUCGAACGGAGGAAAGCAGCAGUGGCAGAACUCCGGAAGAAAAUUAAAGAAGAACAGACGAAAGUCCGGGAAGAGAGGCGAAAGGAAUACAUGAAGAUGCUGAAGGAGAGGAAAGAAGCCCUGGAGGAUGCAGAAGAUGACGAUUUGGAAAACGUGAUCACCAGCACAACAGAGUCCGUACAGUACGAUCACCCCAACCACACGGUCACCGUGACAACCAUCAGUGACCUUGACCUCACAGGGGCUCACAUUCUUGGACCAGCGACUCAGGCUAAUGAGGAGAGUGAUGGGGAAGAAAAUGGAGAGGAGGAGGAGAAAACUGCUGCAUUGCCAAGAAAAGCUGGGAAUUCCUUCAUGAAUAAAAAGAUCCGCUCCUUGACAGCGACGCUCAGCACCUACACCAGCAAGCGGAGGAGGAAAGGGAAGCAGGACAGACGAGCGGAGCGAGGCCAUCGGGCAGACAAGAGUGCGAACGUGACAGAGGGUAAAAGCAAAGCCAGCAAGUCGAGCAAGAGGCACCGGCGACGGCAGACAGGGAAGAGGGAGCAGCAUCACCGGGACUGAAGUCAUGUGUGUGAACUGUGAAGAGACUGGAACAUCUGAAGAAGAAGCUGGAGUAUUUAAGCUUCUCCGUGUUGGACGUUUGGGAAUGCGUAUUUGUACAUUUUUCUCUAGAGCCAAAUGGCUUGGUCAUGUUUUUAUAUUCAAACUUUAAUUUCUGAAUAAACGAGAGAUUGAUCCUGCUA